AUGCCCCGCUCGAAGAUUUAUUCGAGACGGUACAAGUCAUCUGCUUGGACACCUCUAGCAUCCACAGAUCACGAGGUUGAAAACACCUCUCUGAUGCCCGGUCAAGGCGCUGCCGUCGAUGCGCCACCUGGUACACCACUCGUCCAGUUGAAUAUCGCGCUUGGGACGGGGUCGCGGAAGCCAACAAAGUCGCAACUGAGUCGUUCGCCGGUCCCUGUUUUUUUGCCCAGUGUCAGCGUGCCAGCCACCGGAAGCGCACUCAAACUUGCACUGUCGACGCCGCCGUCACCGGCGCCCGCGCAAAGACCUCCUGACGGCGAUGCAGCUCUACUAGAGACAACCCGCGGCGAUGAGUGCAACGAGAGAAGUAGUUGCCGCAUAUCGCGAGCUUCGCCGGCCAAGCGACUCUAUUUCUUAACGAAAGACCAGCUCAGAUCUCGUACAUGCAUAGGAAGAAUACCGAGCUCGAGCUUUCGUUACCCGCUGCGCCCCGUGCAAAACACGGAAUCAUGGGGUGAGGCUUUACCGCCGCACGUCAUCGAGUUUUGGAGUAGCAAGAAGGUAUCUACAGCUCCUGUUGAAAUAGAGCCGACUCGCAGAGCAUCCUUUGCUGCCGAGUCCACGAAUUCACAGCUGGACGCUGUCGUAUCCGUUCCGCAAUGCGAGUCUGCGUGUGCAUCUGUGGCGCAGGAGCUAUCUUCUGAGAAGGCGUCCUCCGAUAACUGCGCACAGUCUGAAAACCGCGCGUGGGAUCCCAUUGAAGUCUAUGCCGCCGCUUCUGAAACCGGAGAAUCUGCUCUAGAAAUGCACGAAAAACGACAGCAACGUCUUCGAUGGAAGCUCUCCUCGCAUCAACGCAAGAGCAGCAUAAGCUAUUUCAGCCCGGAUGACAUGAUCGGAACGCCGCCACGGCGGACCUGCCGAGCGUCGGCGCCAUCGCGCAUCGAAGCAGGAAACCGAAACGAGCAGGCUGGUGAGAGCGAGUCGAUGGCGUAUCGCGGUUUGUUGCGAGCGUCACCACGACGCCUUCAUCAUCACGCAGAGGAGCUGCUCCUGGCCAAUGUUCGGUUUCUCGGUGAGCGAGUGCGCGAGCUUGAGGAGCACGUUCGCUUCCUUCAGAGGGAAAAUGAGGUUCUCAGAGCCGCGAACUCGCGCGUCCAAGCGCCCGAGCCGAACGCCGCGACCCCCGAGAAGACCACCGCAAUAGAGGCGAACCAGGUUACAGAAGAGACGCCCAUGCGGCCGGACAUACUGUGCGUCAGGAGUCCGCGCCCCCAGAUUACCCUCUCUUCGCUAACACCAUAA